UGAUGGCGUCACAAGAUAUGGCAUUGACAUCUUGUGAAGAAGAAGUUGCAAAUGGUUGCCAUUUGUGCAAGUCAAAAUUUGAACAACCUAGAGUUUUAUCUUGCUUACAUGUUUUCUGCGAAGAAUGCUUGAAAAAGCAUAUAGCAAAAAAUGGUUUUUUGCCAAAUAUGCUUGAAUGCCCUGAUUGUUUACAGGAAACUAAGCUUGGUACAAAGGGUGUGUCAGGAUUGCCUUUGGAUUACAUAGCUUGCAACAGGAUUGAUUUAAAAGCAAUGGAGAAAACUCAGAUUGUUUGUACUAGUUGUAAAGCAAAAGAGACAGCUGUUGCUAGGUGUACUGAAUGUGCUACAUUUCUUUGUCCUAAUUGUGUCACAGCUCAUCAGUUUAUGAGGUGCUUUGAAAGUCACACGGUUCUGUCUUUUGAUGAAAUGAAGGGUGAUGGGGACAGUUUCACUACAAUUCAUAAACCUGUCACUUGUAAUUCUCAUCCUGAUGAAGUCAUGAAAUAUUACUGCCAUACAUGCCAUGUCCCUAUUUGUAAUGAAUGUAUGAUUCUGGACCAUAAGCAGCCUGAACAUUGCUAUGAAAAGGCUGUCGAUGCUGAACAGAAACAGAGAGAGGAACUCAGGAACCUGAUUUCUGAAAGUGAGAGUAAAGUACAGUUUUGUGAAGAAGCAGCAUCUGUUCUUGAUACUCAUUUAUCUGAUCUUCAGAUGCAGUAUGAUAAUGCAAGGUCUUAUAUUGAAGAAACAUUCCAGUCUUAUAAAGCAAUACUUGAAAGGCAACAAGAACAGUUAUUAAAAGAAUUGGAUUCUAUACAUUCAUCACAAGAGCUUCAAAUCAUGGAAACAUUUCACAAUGUUGAGAAGACAAUCGAAAAGAUUGACGAUGCAUGCAAGUUUGCUGAAAGACUGUUAAGUUGUGGUAACACAUUGGAAAUUUUAAGCUUAAUUCAUAUUGUUGGAACACAGUUACUUUCUUUAAUAAAUAAUACUCCAAAGCUUGAUAUCUCAGUCGGAAUAGCAUUUGAAACAGAUGAAAAGAAAUUUGAAGCUAGCAUCCAAGAGCAUUUUGGAAAAGUAAAAAAACCAGAACCUCCUGCGAAAAAAGAAGAUUCACCAGUUUCCCAGAAGGCCUCUCCAAUGCAUUCCAGUUCAUCUUUUGAAAGUGAUGCAUUUAGUCUAUCAACUGGUGUAAUUACUCCUGAUAAUACUUUGCCAUCUUUAGAUGUGGAUUUGGCAAACAAUAUCGUAGCACAAUACAAUCUGGCCCAGUUAGCUGGCAUGGCUGAGAGGAGCAUUUCUCAGAGUUCUUCAAAUGCCACUCCACCACCACUUAACCUUGCUGACCUUCUUACAACUGAAUCUGAUGUUACUGCUGCGCAGUUGAAUGCAAUAAAUAAUCUUACUGCUCUUGCUAAGAUGGGUUCGAUAUCACUUAGCAAUGGCCAAACUUCACUAAAUGGACAGCUUGUGUCGGGACUGAAUCUUCAUUCAACGCAAAUGCCUAAUUCUCCUCCAUCUGGAAAUCAAGUUAUGAGAGUUAUGAAUUCUCCAUCUCCAAUUGAGGGUCUGGAAAGCCUAUUGGGUAACAGUAGUAUUGUAGGUUCAGGUUCUAGAGUUGGAAGCCCUCUGAAUGGUCCUGUAUUAAAUGGUGGGUCUUUUCUAACACACGGAGUGCAUAGUCCUCCUAUAUUACCCCCAUCUGCUUUGUCACCUAUGACUGGGCAGACUUAUAAUCCAGCUCCAAGGAGUUCAUCUGUGAAGCUUAGCACAAUGCAGAUCAGAUGCAAGUUUGGUCAGUUGGGACCUGGUAAAAGUCAGUUCAGCUCUCCUCAUGGCUUUUGUCUUGGAAUUGAGGAAGAAAUAAUAGUAGCUGAUACAAAUAAUCAUCGAAUUCAAGUUUUUGAGAAAACUGGUGAUUUUAAAUAUCAGUUUGGUGUUGCUGGAAAGGAAGAAGGCCAGUUAUGGUAUCCUAGAAAAGUUGCAGUAAUACGCAGCUCAGGUAAGUUUGUAGUGUGUGAUAGAGGAAGUGAGAGAUCCAGAAUGCAGAUAUUCACGAAAACUGGCCACUUCUUGAAGAAGAUUGCCAUUCGUUACAUAGAUAUUGUAGCAGGCUUAGCUAUUACAAGUGAAGGCACUAUUGUAGCUGUGGAUAGUGUUGCUCCAACUGUAUUCAUCAUAUCUGAAGUUGGAGAUCUUUUGCACUGGUUUGACUGUAGUGAGUACAUGAGAGAGCCAUCAGAUAUAACUGUACGUGCUCAAGAAUUUUACAUAUGUGACUUUAAGGGUCAUUGCGUCAUAGUCUUUUCAGAGAAAGGACAUUUUUUGAGAAGAAUUGGAUGUGAAAAUAUCACUAAUUUUCCUAAUGGGAUUGAUAUUAGUGAUGCUGGUGAUGUCCUUGUUGGGGACAGUCAUGGAAAUCGGUUUCAUAUUGUAGUAUUUUCAAGGGAAGGUACAUUGUUAUCAGAGUUUGAGUGCCCUUAUGUUAAGGUAAGCCGUUGUUGUGGUCUUAAAAUAACAUCGGAAGGUUAUGUGGUUACAUUAGCCAAAAAUAAUCAUCAUGUGUUAGUUUUAAAUACCUUGUACGUUGUGUGAAAUUUGAGGCCUCUUCCAUAGACUACCUUUAGCUGUUGCUUAGGUAGCAUUACUUAUUAAGAGCAUUUAGACUCAACAUUUAUUUGAAGGCCAGAUUGUAGUUACUCGAUCAUAGAAUAUAUGAAAGCCAUAUCUUAACUGUCAAGUAUGCCAACUGCAUUAAAAUUUAGACUAUACGGUUGCUAUGUAAUAGUUGAUCUCAUAAAAUGUGUAGGUUAGCAUUUUGUAGUUGAUUCUGUCUAGGAAUUACCCAUAGCAGCUACAUGUAAUAAGUGGACUGAGCUGCCUUUUGUACCAGUCUACAACCUUAGAUAAAUAUAUACAUCUUGUAGUUCUGUAGUGUAGCAUUGUUUUACACUUCGUCGUAGCAGAGUGAGUUGAGAGAAUUAUAUUUACACAUAUGUGAAGUAGCCUGUGAUAUAUAUACAUAUAUACAUAUAUAACACCUAAAAUUUACAACACGAUUGCUCACAACAUUUGUUUCAAAUUCACCUUUUAACGUUUUUCAGAUUGUUACUUGAAGAUUAAACAAAGUUAUUUUGUAGGAUGACAAUCUUGGCAUUGUGUCUUCUGUGUUGAUGUAUCUACUUAGUGUUCAUAAUUAUAAACAUUUGUACUUAAAUCAGAAACUCUGCUUUGAAAUUUUAAUGUGCAUAGUUAUUGAAACAUUUUAUUUCUCCCUUUUUAGUUUUAUCUUUUUGUAGUUUAAACUUUGAUCUUCCAGUGUAAGAAAAAGAAUCCUUUUUAUUAUAGGUUAUAUAUUGGUGCAUCUGUUUAUCAAAUACUUUGUAAUUAACUUUGUAUGACUGCUGAACCAUAGAUUUUGGUAGCAGGUAGAUAUCUUUUAUUAAUUUUAAGAUUAUAUUUUUUGUAUUAUCAUCCUAGUCUUUGUGGAAUGUUUAAUGCUGUGGCAAAUGGCAUUUUUUUUCAUGUGUUUAGAAAAGUUGAUUGCACUGUAUUUAGUGCCAAUUCUGUCUACUUUUGAGUUUUUUGUAAACUUUAGAAAUGAAGUAUUUUGAGAACUAACAGCAAAAAUGAUUUAUUGUGUAAAAAUGAAUGGUUUAAUUUUGAUCCUACUCCUAUGACACUGAAAAAGUGAAGUGCUGCUUCAUUAGGCAUUCCUAUGUGAAAGAGAAAUGGACUCAAACUGUAUUCAGAACAAAUUUCUGUGCACAAUUUGUAAGGCAAGCAUUGAAUCAUGUUUGUGUGCAUAUUGUUGUAACUAACUUUUGUUAUAACAC